AUGAGUAGCAAACAUGUUUACUCCACCACGAAUUUAACCGAUGUCCAACUGAAGGAGCAGGGCAAUAAUCUAUUUUCGGCCAGGAAAUAUGAAGAUGCCAUUAAUUGCUAUUCCAAGUGCAUUGUCAAAAAUCCCAAUAAUGCCACCUAUUACACCAAUCGGGCUUUGUGUUAUCUGAAACUGAAACGUUGGGAGCUGUCCUGCCAUGAUUGUAUGAGCGCCCUGGACAUAAAUCCAAAUAUGCUAAAGGCCCAUUUCUUUUUGGGUCAGUGUUUAAUGGAAGCGGAACUCUACGAUGAUGCCAUAAAACAUUUACAAAGGGCCUUCGAUUUGUCCAAAGAAAAGAAGCAAAACUAUGGCGAUGAUAUAACGUCCCAGUUACGUUUGGCCCGCAAGAAACGUUGGAACGUGCUGGAGGAGAAGAGGAUUUGUCAGGAAAUUGAAUUGCAAAGCUAUAUUAAUAGGUUAAUCAAAGAGGACAUGGAAAAUCGCUUGGCCAAACUGAAACUAGAUGACAAUACCAGUGAAGAUCAAUUAAAGGAGAAACAACAGGAAAUUGAACAAGAAUGUGAUGACCAUAUCAAGGAGUUAAAUAAUAUAUUUGCCAAAGUCGAUGAACGUCGAAGGAAACGUGAGGUGCCCGAUUAUUUGUGUGGUAAAAUAAGUUUUGAAAUUUUAACCGAUCCCGUUAUAACACCAUCUGGCAUUACCUAUGAACGUAAAGAUAUUGAGGAGCAUUUGCAACGUGUGGGACACUUUGAUCCGGUCACACGUGUCAAAUUAACACCCGACCAAUUAAUACCGAAUUAUACCAUGAAAGAAGUUGUCGAUGCUUUUAUUGCGGAAAAUGAAUGGGCAUUGGAAUAUUAGAUGUU